CCCUUUUGAUUAGUUGCAAAAUUUAAUGUGUCAUUGCAAAAAGAUUAAAAAGAGGCGGCCAUAAAAUAAAUUGCACCCUGUAGUUAAAACAAUAGUUUGACAGUCGCUUUAUUUUUCUGUCACGAUGAAGAGGAGUACCACCCAGAUUCUGGCCAGGCUGAGGGAGCUGAUGCUGCGGGCCCAGGUGGGCGAUGCCAGUUGCAUAGCGGCGUACAUAGUGCCCUCGGACGACGCCCACCAGUCGGAGUACCAGUGUAAGCAUGACGAGCGGCGCUCCUUUGUCAGCGGCUUCGACGGAUCAGCGGGCACAGCGGUGAUCACCACCGACUCCGCCCUGCUCUGGACCGACGGACGGUACUAUCAGCAGGCGGAGAAACAGCUCGACUCUAAUUGGGUGCUGAUGAAGGAUGGUCUGACCACCACGCCCUCGAUUGGCGCCUGGCUGGCCAAGAAUCUGCCCAAAGGCAGCUCCGUGGGUGUGGAUCCUCGCCUACUGUCGUUCCGCGUCUGGAAGCCCAUCGAAACGGAGCUCAACUCCGCGGAGUGCCAGCUGGUGCCCAUUGAAAACAACCUCAUCGACGAGGUCUGGGGUCAGGAUCAGCCCCCGCAGACUUCCAACAAGAUUAUCACCCUGAAACUGGAGCAUUCCGGCGUGACUGUCGCCAAAAAGUGGGAGGUGGUUCGCAAGCAACUAAAGGAUAAGAAUGUGGAUGCUCUGGUGGUCAGUGCCCUCGAUGAAAUCGCUUGGUUCUUGAACCUUCGCGGCUCUGAUAUCGACUUUAACCCCGUAUUCUUCUCCUAUUUGAUUGUGACAAACGAUGAGCUGCUACUCUUUGUGGACUCUGGCAAAUUACCCUCUGAUUUUGCCCAGCAUCAAACGGAGAACAAUGUAAAGAUCACUGUAUUGCCCUACGCCUCAAUUGGCUUGGAAAUCAGUAAAAUCGUGUCGACCAAGGAGUCAAAGAUCUGGAUUGCACCGACCAGCAGCUACUAUCUGACUGCCUUGAUACCCAAGUCACGUAGAAUUCAGGAGGUGACGCCCGUCUGUGUGCUAAAGUCCAUUAAAAACGAUGUGGAGAUCGAGGGCUUCGUCAACAGUCACAUUCGCGAUGGAGUCGCUCUGUGUCAGUAUUUCGCCUGGCUUGAAGAUCAAGUGAAAAAUGGUGUGGAGGUUGAUGAGAUAUCUGGUUCGGAUAAGCUGGAAUCCUUCCGUGCUUGUAAGGAUAAGUACAUGGGCCUCAGCUUCACCACAAUCAGUGCUUCAGGGCCCAAUGGCUCUGUUAUCCAUUAUCAUCCCAAGGAAGAAACCAAUAGGAAGAUAACCGACACGGAAAUUUAUCUGUGCGAUUCGGGGGCUCAAUAUUUGGAUGGCACCACGGAUGUGACGAGGACCCUUCACUUUGGCGAACCCACCGAAUUCCAGAAGGAAGCCUACACUCGCGUUUUGAAGGGCCAACUCAGCUUUGGAUCCACCGUAUUCCCGGCUAAGGUCAAGGGGCAGGUUCUGGACACUCUGGCAAGGAAGGCCCUCUGGGACGUUGGAUUGGAUUACGGUCAUGGCACUGGCCACGGAGUGGGACACUUUUUGAAUGUCCACGAAGGUCCCAUGGGUGUGGGAAUUCGUCUGAUGCCCGAUGAUCCCGGUCUCCAGGCGAACAUGUUCAUUUCCAAUGAGCCUGGCUUCUACCAGGACGGAGAAUUUGGCAUACGUGUCGAGGACAUUGUUCAAAUUGUGCCAGCUCAAGUUGCUAACAAUUUUGCAAACCGUGGCGCCCUGACUUUCAAGACUAUCACCAUGUGCCCGAAGCAAACUAAAAUGAUCAAAAAAGAGCUUCUAUCCGAUGUGGAAGUAAAGCUGCUCAAUAGCUACCAUCAGCAAGUUUGGGACACCCUUUCACCCAUCUUGUCUCGCGAAGGGGACGAAUUUACCUUAUUCUGGCUUAAGAAGGAAGUUCAGCCAAUUUAAUUGAUUUUAUACUUGUUAUUUUUGUCAUUCAUAUCUAAUUAUUCUGUCAUAUACUCUUUUCUUGAGACUACUACACUAUUAAAACUGCUUUUACAUAACUAAAAACAAA